CAGGCGUUGCGCGCGAGCGGCUGACGCCAGCGAUUUAUCUCGCGCCCUCGCCUACUUAAGGCUGCAACGCCGCACGUCACUCCCUCACGUCCGGCCACGCGCAGACAUGAGGACCGCGGCGGCGCUGUGCAUCCUGCUGGCCGUCGUGGCCGCCGCAGCUGCGGCGCCCAACCCGGAAGGUGAAAAAGCAUUUUUGACGCGGCAGAGGGACAUAUUGAGAUUAUUUGUUAAGAUACAGCAGCCUGCUAUUAUCCCAGAACACAUCGAUAUCAUCAAGUCAUUCAAAUGGGAAGAAAUCAUACCAAAACUUCAGGAUAAAGCACCAGUGGAGCGCUUCCUGCAGCUGCGCAAAGAAAAUGUCCUGCUGCCACGUAAAGAGGACUUCUCCAUCCUGUACAGCAAGCACCUGUGGCAGGCCGUACAACUGUUCAAGGUCCUCUACCACAUCCCAGACUACGACACUUUCCACAAGGUGGCCGUGUGGCUGCGGUACAACGUGAACGAGGGCCUGUACGAGUACGUGCUGCGCGUGGUGCUGCUGCACCGCGACGACACCAAGGACCUGCUGCUGCCGCCGCCGCACGAGGUGCUGCCGCAGUUCUUCGUCACCGCAGACGUCCUGCAGGAGGCCUACGACGCCUGCCUCAGAGGGCUGUGCGCUGAGGAGGACCGCCCGUACGUGAUUAGGGCCAACUACACGGGGUCGCACGCGUCUCGCAACCCCGAGGCGCGGCUGUCCUACUUCAGAGAGGACGUGGGGCUGUCGUCGUACAUGGCGUUCAUGGGCCUGCAGUAUAUCGUGCCCUGGGUGAACGCCACUGAGUGUCCAUGGCCCGUGCUUCGGAUGCGCGGAGACCUCUACUACUUCCUGCUGCGCAACCUGCUGGCGCGCUACGACCUGGAGAGGCUGUCGCAUCACCUGCUGCCCGUCAGGCCAGUCGAGCUGUGGGAGCCGGUCUCGGAGGGCUACGACCCGCAGCUGCGUCUGCUGAGCGGCCGGGAGGCGGCGGCACGUCCGGAAGGCCUGCGGCCCAGCCAUGCUGACGUCGUCUCCGUGGAUGACGUCAUCUCGUGGGAGCGGCGCGUGCGCGACGCCGCCGCCACCGCGCUCUUCCUGAAAGAGAAGAAGCUGGAGGACCUGGAGGAGAGCGACGCGGUCAACAGGCUGGCGUCUAUCGUGAUGGGCGGUCCCAGCUCGCCGGCGCCCAACUACUACCGGUCGGUGUCGUGGGGCCUGCAGGCUCUCUACGGCCACAUCGCGGACCCGCUGCACGAGUACGGGAUGGCGCCCAGCGCACUCGACCAUCACCUCACCAUGUACCGCGACCCGCUCUAUUACCGGAUCAUCAAGCGCGUCUACGGCAUCUUCGAGGUCUACAAGAAUAACCUGCCACCGUACCGCAUCCAGGACCUGACAUGGGAAGGAGUGAAAAUAACGGAAGUGAAGGUCGAGAAAUUGGUCACAUUCUUCGACGAUUUCGACAUCCGACUGGACAACGCCAUUGACGUGGCGAAGAUCGAGGACAUCAGGAAGACGAAUGUGGUGGCGCGCCAGCACCGGCUCAACCACAAGCCCUUCUCGUACUCCCUGAAGGUGUCCAGCGACAAGGAGCAGCUGGGCCUGCUGCGCGUCUUCCUGGGGCCCUCUGGGGCGUGGGAGGGCGGCUCGCUGUCGCUGGACGACAUGCGCCACAAGUUCCUCGUCAUCGACGGCUUCCACAUCAAGCUGAAGCCAGGAGACAACACGAUCGUGCGGAAGUCGCGGGAGAUGCUGAGCGUGUCCGGCGACCCGUCGGGCUUCCGGGAGCUGUACCAGCGCGUGGAGGCGGCGCUCGGGGGCGGCGAGCGGCUGUCGGCGGCCGAGGAGCGGCUGCGCCUCGACGGCUACCCGAACCGCCUGCUGCUGCCGCGGGGGCGGCCCGCGGGCCUGCCACUCGACUUCUUCGUCGUCCUCACCGACGCCCGCGAGCCUGCGUGGCCCGGACAGGUCUUCAGCGACGGCCGCGACCCCUUCUUCCCCUUCGACAGGAGGGUCCCCUUCUGGGAGCUCAAAACCGUCCCCAACGCGCACUUCGAGCCCGUCACCGUAUUCCACCGCCUCACCAAGGACGGCAAGAGCUCGGAGAAGUAGGGCCGACAUCAGUACAUCCCGAGAUUAUUCGAGGCACCCAUUCUACGUACAGCACAGCAACCCUCUCGAGUAAGUACUCGAGAGGGUUGCAGUAUCCCAUGUCGUGCUCCAGUGCCAUACCCAGAGGUAGUUUUCCAAGUAGUGACCGAGACACGAAUCACUAACGAAACCUAACACAGUCGACAUUACGCUCCUUCAAACAACAUGUGAAAGAAGUAAGCAAGUCUCUGGAAUAUUCGAUACAGCAAUUUAUUCACUAAAUUUUUAAUCCUUUACGCGCGGCGGUUGUUCUGCACAGUUGACUAGUGCACCGUUGUCACUGUGACCCCACACUUCACUUGGCCGAGCCGUGGCCGGCACUGUUUACAUAAACUGUUUUGCGCAGUUCAGUUUCAACCCCUCCCGAAACAAAGUUUAGCAGUGAUGGGAUCCACAACCGAGCGUACUGGCUAGCUGGAUUAAAACAUUAUUUUACUAUCCAAUCUCUGUACGUAAAGUUUCUCACAUUGUAACUUCUGUCGCAACUCAUAAUCAUAAUACAAAGAAGUUCGUUAUUAUUUUCUUUACAUUUUUAAAUGGAAUUUACAGUAUUCCUACGGUUUUCGUCUCACUGACAUUCAUUCACUGUACUUGAUCGAAAAGAAAUUUUAUAUACCCUUUUUUUUAUAAUGCCUGAAAAAUAAACCAUAUUGUGUGUCUUA